AUGUCUUUGAAUUCAGUGAUCAAUUCACAGCUGCGUAAGGAAAUAGCCGCAUGGCUGUUGCGAGCCAAAGAAAAUGCCAAAUCCAGCGUCAGCUUCGGUGAAAAUGUUUGGGCAGACUGUCACGGCGGAGGCACAUCCAGGUCGCCUUAUUGUCGCCCCCAGGGCAUCAGGAACUCUCAGGGCGACUAUAGCAUCCAGCUGCUGCUCCUGAAUUACAGUUCCGGAAGGGGGGCAAACACACAAACCCUACAAGCAAUUUCGGCCGUGUCGUUCGGAAAGAAGCAACCUACGAAAGACGAAGUCUACGACAAGCUUUCAGAGAUUGUAGAGAAUGCACCAUGGGCUGCUCAAAUAAGACAAAGCUCCAAGAAGUCAGACACAAGCCUGUUAAGGAAUAACCGUGCCGUCCGUGUAAAUGCAGCAUUCGGCGGAUAUGUGACACUGACUCUCUAG